AUGUCUGAAAUAGAAAACUCCAUUGAAAUCCUCCAGGAGACAGACUCUGCAGACGAUAUAGAGCAGUUUCUAGCAAACAAUCUCGAGGAAAUAAUAGACUACGUGCAGCUUGCAUCGUACAAAGAAGGACAAAAGUCGCGAAAGCUAGGAACACUUGACUUCAUCAAAGGAGCAUUUUCCAAUCGAUCUAUCGCGAAUAGGCUGUGCACAGAAAAAUACAUCUUUGGCCUCCGAAACAUUCGCAAAAAUAGCCAUGCAAAAAAAGUCCCAGACGGGGUAGCCUUCGUUUGCUACGAAAUCUACACAGAAACAAUCAAAAUGCUCCUGGACUUCAUGCCUGAGCAGGUGAUAAGCAUCAUCUACAAGCAUCCUUCUCUCUGCUACUUUGAGCAGCUCAUAAAAAGCGCAGACUGCAACUCAAUUGUGGAAAUGUUUCCGUGCUUUUUCUCUCUCAAUGGAGCGCAUUUUGAAAGAUGGAUACAGCUGCUUACGUCCAAGAGCAUUGUGUCUAUGAUUUUUAAAUACUUUAACCGCCCAGGAAAGCCGCACAAAGACAUCCAAAACCUCUCCAAACUUCUCUAUCUCUUUGUGUCUUUCACCGGCACUGUUUUUCGAGACUCUGCAUCGAUGGAGAGCAUGGGGAUACACUACACAUACUUCUACAGAGAAAUAGAAAAAAGAACACACCCUCUUCUCGACACAAUAUUCCUGGGGACUGACUCGAUAAACAGAAUAUCCUGUCUGGAAGUCAUAAGGGAAAUGAUCCGCACCACAGAAUUUCUUCCAGCAGACACGAGCGUGUUUUCUUUUCUUUACAGGUAUCUCACACACUCUGAAAUACUCAAAGAAUUUUCCAAAAAUAGCCACGAGCCACACACUGUGGUACGAGUGAUCUAUCUCAUCAACACGAUAGCAGCCACCAUUCGGUUUAAGUCAGUGCAUACACUGAGCUUUUUAAAGUCUUCCAGCUUUUUGGCACACACUGCUAUGUAUCUACACACCACCACAACUCACACGGUGACAAAUGAAAUAUGUGCUCUUAUCAACGAACUGAUCUAUGUGGAUAAAAUCUUUUACAUGGAGCCCAUUAUAGAGCUAUGCCAGGCAGUCAAGAGCCACACUUUUAAACGAGCUAUCCAGCUGUACUCCACCUCGCAAAAGAGACACAGCCCGCAUGUCUCUGUAUCAGACUGCAUUACACCUGUUAUAUACAUUCUCUACAAGCUGUACUACAUCUGCCACUACGAGUCCACUAGCAGAAGCAGAGAAGCAAAAACUCUCUCAAAAAGAUUUAUUGUAGUUGAUGAAACCACAGACUCGUACAAAAUUCUGCAGCAGCUGGAGUUUCUGCAGGAUGAAAGUGCGUAUUGGUACAUCACCACCAGAGUUGUAGAGCACGAAAGAAGGCUAUCUCUGGAGUAUUGCAGAGCUCUCCCAGAAAGACAGCCCAAUGCAGAACAGUUUGCAAGAUACUUCUGCGAAUACACAGCUUCUGUGCUCCCAGCAUACCCGCCAUGGCUAUUUCAAUAG